UUUAUUAUUAUUGAUAAAAAAUAUUAUAUAACAUGACUAACUAAACCUGGCAACAUUAAGCUGUAGCAAAGGAAAAUCAUGUUUAGUGUCAGAUCAGGUGUAUUUCAGCAGAAGAUCCGUCGGUGAAUCCGGUCCUAGUGUUCGCAGUAGCCGGUGGAGGGCAGAGGCGGGCAGCUGGAUGCGGGUUAAACCGAGAAACGGGACUCACGCUGCUCAUAUUCGGCAAGCGCCGAGCGCACAUGCAUGCAGCUGGAUGCUGGAACCCGAAACCCCGAUCUCCAGCUCUCCCGAACACAUCCAGUGAGAGAAGCAGCACAAACACAUCAUCAUACAGUGAAGGAGUGCGCGGUCUGAACUCAUGACCAACUCAUGCAGAGGAGUGUGAGCGCGUCUGUGGAGAGCGCGCGUAGAUGAGAGCUAGAGGGCGGCGGCGCAUCGCUCCUCACCUCCGUUACCGCUCCAAUCCUCCAGUCCCGGGACCUUCUCCUGAUCUCUCCGUGAGGAACACACGCUGAACUUGAGACGCGUAACUGCGUCCGUCCUCCGUUUAGCCACCACCACAGCAGCUCCUUUGUCAAGGCUGAACCAAACCGACGAGGGAACGAAUAUUCCGCGCUGAGGAGUUUUCCAAACUCCAAAGUCAUGGGGAAAAACGGACGACAGAGAUUUGGAUUGGGAUUAGUGCUUAUCUUUCUGUGGGUUCUGCUUCAAAUAGUUGACGGGCAAGGUGAUGAUGACUUCCUGCUGGGGUUGGGUGAGCUGCCAGAGACCUUCCCUAGCGACCCGCCUGAGCCCCUUCCGCACUUCCUGCUGGAGCCGGAGGACGCUUACAUCGUCAAGAACAAAGCUGUCAAUCUCUUCUGCACGGCCACGCCCGCCGCUCAGAUCUACUUCAAGUGCAACGGCGAGUGGGUCCAUCAGAGAGAGCACACGAUAGAGGAGCGGGUGGACGAGACGUCGGGUUUGGUGGUGAGGGAAGCACGGAUUGAGAUUUCCCGACAGCAGGUGGAGGAGUUGUUUGGUUUGGAAGAUUACUGGUGCCAGUGUGUCGCCUGGAGCUCUGCAGGAACCACCAAGAGCCGCAAGGUGCACGUCCGCAUCGCAUUCUUGAGGAAGACGUUCGAACAGGAGCCCUUGGGGAAGGAAGUGUCACUCGAACAGGAAGUGCUGCUGCAGUGCCGCCCACCCGAGGGCAUACCGCCUGCUGAGGUGGAAUGGCUGAAGAACGAAGAGAUUAUCGAUCCUGCAGACGAUCGAAACUUCUACAUCACCAUCGAUCAUAACCUGAUCAUCAAACAGGCACGACUUUCCGACACUGCUAACUACACAUGCGUCGCUAAGAACAUUGUUGCUAAGAGGCGUAGCACCACGGCUACAGUGAUCGUCUAUGUGAACGGAGGCUGGUCCACAUGGACAGAGUGGUCGACGUGUAACGGUCGCUGUGGGCGGGGCCUUCAGAAACGGACCCGUAGCUGCACCAAUCCCGCGCCUCUGAACGGGGGAUCGCCGUGUGAUGGACAGGCCAUCCAAAAACUCGCCUGCACCUCAGUGUGCACAGUUGACGGCGAGUGGGGCGACUGGAGCAAGUGGUCGGCGUGUAACACAGAGUGCACUCAGUGGAGGAAGAGAGAGUGUAACGCCCCUGCACCCCAGAACGGAGGGAAAGACUGUGACGGAGUCACGCUACAGUCGCAGAACUGCACUGAUGGACUCUGCCUACAAAGUUCAGUAUAUCAGCUAUCCGUUCAGCCUAAAGGGACGGGAGAGGAGGGGUUUACAUCUGCGCCGGGUGGAGAUGAGGUGGCGCUGUACGUGGGCAUCGUCAUGGCGGUGGUCAUGUGUCUGGUCGUCUCUGCUAUCGUGGCUCUGCUCGUGUACCGCAGGACGCAUCGCCGCUUUCACUCUGACAUCAUCGACUCGUCUGUGCUGAACGGCGGAUUUCAGCCUGUCAGCAUCAAACAGGCACGCUCAGCGGAUUUGCUGGCGGCGACCCCUGACCUGUCCACAGCGGCGGCGCUGUAUCGCGGUCCGGUAUAUGCCCUGCACGACAUCUCGGACAAAAUCCCCAUGACCAGCUCCCCUCUGCUGGAGCCGCUGCCGCUUCCCAACCUCAAGAUCAAAGUCUACAACUCCUCUGGCACAGUGACCCCUCAGGAGGACAUGACCUCUGACCUCUCCGCCACCCUGUCCCCAAAAGUCACCCACUCUCUUUUGGACAGCGACCCUGUGACCCCACGGAACCAGACGCUGGCACGCACACGGGAUCCAACGUGCACGGCGUUAGGGUCGUUCAACUCACUGGGAGGUCAUCUGAUCAUACCCAACUCAGGUGUGAGUUUGUUGGUUCCCGCCGGUGCGAUUCCUCAGGGUCGUGUGUAUGAGAUGUUUGUGACCGUACAGAGGACAGAGAGCAUGAGGCCGGCGGUCGGUGACGGGGAGGCCGUGCUCAGCGCUGUGGUCAGCUGCGGUCCCGCGGGCGCCCUGUUGACCCGUCCCGUCAUCCUCACUCUACACCACUGCUCGCACGCCAACUCUGACAACUGGCAAAUCAUCCUCAAGAGCCACACGCAGCAGGACCAAUGGGAGGACGUGGUCGUGGUUGGAGAGGAGAACUUUACCACUUCCUGUUAUGUGCAGCUGGGAGAAGAGGCCUGUCACAUCCUGACCGAGACUCUAGGAUCCUACUGUCUGAUUGGCCAGAGUGUGUGUCCGUCAGCGGCUAAACGAAUCAAACUGGCCGUGUUUGGGCCUGUGGUCACACCAGGUCUAGAUUACCACAUCAGAGUGUACUGCCUCGACGACACACAGGACACACUCAAAGAGGUGCUGCAGAUAGAGAAACAGAUCGGCGGGAAACUGCUGGAUGAACCAAAGUCUCUGAACUUCAGUUACAGCAACCACAACCUGAGACUGUCCAUACAUGACAUCCACUCCCAGUGGAAGAGCAAACUACUCACCAAAUACCAGGAGCUGUGUUUCUCUCAGGUGUGGAGCGGAUCGGUGCGGCGGCUGCACUGCUCCUUCACUCUGGAGCGUCAGAGUGUGAGUGUGUGUGAGCUGUGCUGUAAGCUGUGUGUCAGACAGGUGGAGGGAGAAGGUCAGAUCUUCCAGCUCUACACCACCCUGAGUGAGGAUGUCCAGAGCAUCGACACAUCCCUGAUGGACCCAGGCAGCAGUAUCACGGUGCUGGCCGGUCCGAGCGCGUUCAGAAUCCCGGUCAGCAUCAGAACCAAACUGUGCAGCAGCCUGGACGCCCCACACACACGCGGCAACGACUGGAGAAUACUGGCACACAAACUCAACCUGGACAGGUAUCUGAACUACUUUGCGACUAAGACGAGUCCUACCGGUGUGAUUCUGGACCUCUGGGAAGCUCAACACUUCCCACACGGCAACCUCAACCAGCUCGCCACGGUUCUGGAGGAGAUGGGUCGUCAUGACAACAGCAUCGCUGCCAUGGCGAAGGAACAAUGACCCUUACGUCGGCGGUGACGUCUGAGCAGAGGAUAACUGAGCUCAAGUUGUGUUGCCACUCUCGUCGAGCUGAAACCACGAUCAAACUCGAGACAAAGUCAAAGCAUCUGCGGUACGGAGGAGAGUCCACGACCUUUAACACCGGCUCGGUGCAGCAUCUUAUUCAGUUUCCAUGGAAACGUGCCGUACUGCUGUCCAUGUACGCGGAUGCUUGCCGAAUUGGGGUUGAAUGCAGGGCUGGGGGUCAAAGGUGAACCAGGAACAGGGUCAAGACAUUUCAGUCAACCAAAAUCUCUUAAACCCUCCCAGUUUGCACGCGCAGGGUCCCCGUGUGUGUUUGCGCAAAAAUCUCCCACGUCAUCUUCUCGUCUCCUUCGGUCAUCGUUUUUACAGAAAUUUGUGGUGCCAUCUAGUGAUUGCAGAAACAAGAAAUGCUCAUGUAAUAUAAUAUUUUGAGACCUGAAUACAGUAUUUAGUGUGUCUACAGAGUACCUUAAAGUGGCCUUUAAAAUCCGGUUAACGUUCAGAUCUGAUUUGAAUUGUAUUAUUUUUGUAACGCAGGUAUCCGAAGACGUAAAAUACGUGUUGCUUUGUUGAACAAAAGUGCACAUGAGCACUUGCAGGGAUUUGAGGAUCAUGUCAGAAGUUGCUGUUUGAUUUUCUGGUAUGCGAUGUUACGUCACACUGUAAUGAUCUUCACUGCUGCGUUAAUGAAUUCCCGCGUUCUGCAUGGGCUGUUUCUGUUGUGCAUCGAUGUUUCGUGUCAACAUUUAUGCAUUUCACUCUACUAUAUGCAUUAUUUUAAAAAGAGACAAUUGAUCCCUUAUAAAAAUAAACUUCCUGUGGUGGU